AUGGCGGAGGCCGCAAGAUCAGUAUCGGCGCGUGCCAAUCGCGGGCUCCCAUACGAGAUCGUGAUCUGGGAGAUCCUCGUCCGCCUGCCCCCCAAAGCUCUCCUCCGCUGCCGCGCUGUCUGUCGCGCCUGGCACCACGCCACCUCCGCACAUGACUUCCUCCUCGCCCACCAUGCCCACCAGCCCGUGCUCCCCGUCGCCUUCAGCCGCGAUGUUGGCUACCCAAGCAUCGUAACCUUCGACCACCGGGCCGCCGACGCCCAGCUCCAACGCGUGACCCGGCUUGAGAAUAGGGUCUGUGGCCUGUAUUACUCCUGUGACGGUCUCCUCCUCCUCUGUUCCCAUGACACAACCGGCACCUACUUCUGUAUCUGCAACCCGGCCACUCGCCAGUCGGCUCGCCUGCCAAUUGUUUCUGGCUACGUCAUCUUGGGAAUGUACAGGCACCAUCCUACUGGUGAGUACCGAGUACUGAUGUAUCUUGAAAAUCAGGAAAUCAACGGCAAGGAUGCCUGCUACAUCUUCACAUUGGGCUCCGUCCAAGUCCAACCACCGAGGAACAUCGGGUGGCAGCCGGAGGCGAAGGAAGUGUAUUGCAGCAGUGGGCAACCUGUCUUAUUACGUGGCAGCCUGCAUUGCCCCUCAGAGCAACGUGAGAUUGGAAGCAACAAUAUCGUGGUUUUUGACACCUCAACCGAAUUGUUCCGGCAGAUGCGCGCUCCAGUUGCUCCAGUUGCCCCUCGCUACAAUGCGCUGUUUGAGAUGGAUCGUGUGCUCGGCAUGUACAUAUGUAGUGAUGGUGUAACUAUCAUUGAUAUCUGGAUGUUGCUGGACUAUGAAAACGAGGUCUGGACCUUCAAGUGCAAGAUUGCAUUGCCGGUUACUGAGAUCAACAUGAUGUGUGGAAUGCUUGAAGGUUCUAGGUAUGCAGUGGUCGUGCCUGGAAAUGGUGAGUUGCUCGUGCUGGUCAAAUUUGCGGGGUGGCUACUUCAGGUUGACAUGGAUGGCUGCGAUAUGUGUGAUUUGAAUCACAUCGACUAUAUGCCGGAGCUUCUUAGCACCGCCACCUAG